CAUUGAUACUUGAGCAGGCAUUCUGAGGGCUGGAGUGCCAGAGUGGCUUAAGAAAGACUCUCAGCAGAAAAAGGGGACUUAUCUUGGCAGUGAAGGAUAGCACUGACUAUGGCCUCCAACUUUAAUGAUAUAGUGAAGCAAGGAUAUGUGAAAAUCCGCAGCAGAAAGCUGGGGAUUUUUAGACGUUGCUGGUUGGUGUUUAAGAAGGCAUCCAGUAAAGGUCCACGACGGUUAGAGAAAUUUCCAGACGAGAAGGCAGCAUACUUCAGAAACUUUCACAAGAUAACUGAGCUUCAUACCACCAAGAACAUUACCAGGCUGCCCCGGGAGACAAAGAAACAUGCCGUGGCAAUCAUCUUCUAUGACGAGACGUCAAAGACAUUUGCCUGUGAGUCAGAGCUGGAGGCAGAGGAAUGGUGCAAACUGCUCUGCAUGGAGUGUCUCGGCACCAGACUAAAUGAUAUCAGUCUUGGAGAGCCUGACCUACUUGCAGCUGGUGUGCAGAGAGAACAAAAGGAACGGUUCAAUGUUUACUUGAUGCCUACACCAAACCUUGACAUCUACGGGGAAUGCACUAUGCAAAUCACACACGAGAACAUUUACCUCUGGGACAUUCAUAACGCCAGGGUAAAGCUGGUCAUGUGGCCACUCAGCUCCCUUCGAAGAUAUGGAAGAGACUCAACGUGGUUCACGUUUGAAUCUGGCAGAAUGUGUGACACAGGAGAGGGUCUAUUCACAUUUCAGACGAGGGAGGGAGAAAUGAUCUACCAGCGAGUCCAUUCAGCAACCUUGGCAAUUGCUGAGCAGCACGAAAGGCUAAUGCUGGAGAUGGAGAAAAAGGCAGGUAUACAAUCCAAUUCAAAUGAAACUACAACAUUAUCUAGAUCAAUAUCACUUCCUCGCAGUGCAUACUGGCAUCACAUCACCCGACAAAACAGUGUAGGUGAAAUCUACAGUUUACAAGGUAUCAGCUUAAGUAUGAUAUUGGUUCCCCGUGCACAGACCUUCCCUGGUUACAUAUCAGAGCUGUGUGAUGAUGAGCAGCAGCAGCAGCAGCAGCAGCAGCAGACCCAGCAUCGUGAGCAGCCACUGUCUCCUUCUAGUGUCUAUGGAUCAAGCUACAGCUCAGGACCGGUCCAAUGACAUGCACUGUCUGGCUGAUUGUUUCAGUCAGUCCAAGCCAGGACAUACCAAAUAGUUCAUAGUGGUGGUAAAAGCCAUUUGUAUUUUUUAAAACGACUAGCUUUAGAGCAGAGAGGCAUUUACCAAUUCAGUGGGGAGCAUCUGAGUGGCCACCUUUUGCUAUCACUUGGUUACUAGUGGCAAAUCCAAAUGGUCAAUUAAAUGAUCAAUUCAAUUGCUUUCUAUGAGGUGCAAGGUUUGAAGUCCCAGGGAAACAAGUUUGACUGGUACGAAGUUGAUCUUGUCAUGGCAUCUGUGCACUACUAAUUGCAUACUCUCCAAAUUGAUUAACGUUCUUUUGUAUCUGAAGCCAGACAGAUAACUCUUUACAUAAAUACUGUUACACUGUCAUCCAAAAUGUCAUUAAAUAAUUUACUUACAUUAUACCAUAGUUACAUUUAACCAGUUUAUUUGAAUCACAUUCCCCACAAAACAAAACAAUGUGUGGGGAUGAAGUUCAAGGGAUACUUACUUACACUUACUUUUAUAUUUAUUUUCUUACCUGUGUAGUUAUGAGUGUUCUCAAUCGUUCACUAUUGUUGUUUCUUCUUUGAUAAUCAUUGACCGUACUUACUAUGUCAAACUGAAUUUCUAAAGUGACUAGGGGUAUGCAGGUGUUCUGCAUGGUAAAUAAUAAUAAAGAAACACAAUAAUAAAGAAACACAAACAAUAUAAUAUUAGACAGGUAAGAAUAAAACCUGAAAACCUUGAUUCGUGUUAUUGAUUGCAGGGCAUGCAUAGCAAUACCUUGUACAGGUCAUCAAUUUCAAAGUAAAUCAGUGUAUACCAUGUCCUAUUAUUACCCAUUAAAUUAACAGUCCAGGACAUAAGACAUGGAUUAACUGAAUUCUUUACAUUAUUGUUACUCAAUAAAAUUAUUUAUUUUAAAAAAAUCCUUCAUUACGCUUUCAUGCCAUAUUAUAUUUUAAAAUGUACUUUUUUACUGAAAAUAUGGGAAUAUUGUUUUUGUACUACAAAGAAUAAUUUUACUUGCCCAGUUUAUGUGUAAUUUGGCAUGCUACAAAAUCCAAACGAUACCAGUUAUUUAGUAGCAGGUUUAAGGAAAAAAAAAAGUUUCUUAGCCAGCUAAGAAACUGUUUGUGGAAGAACUCAACAAUAAAUGGGUAGCAUCUAUCUGGAAAAAAACAUUGCUGUGCUGUGUCAGAUACAUCAUUCCCUACAAAUACCAUAUUUAGACCCGUUCCUUGUGUGAUUCAAAAACAAAAAAACUUAUAUUGCAACAUUUCAACUUUUUUUUCCUGGAAAAUAACCUUCUGUUUAGGCUUUUUUGUUCAUUUAAAACACAUUUUCAAGGCAGUAAUCAUGUUUUUAAUAGUAAUUUUUUUAACGCCUCAGUUAGACUUGUUUACCUUUUGGAAUUUGAAAUUCCAAGUGAUAGUCCAAAGAUUACAAGGAGAUGUAUGGAUAACAGAAUCUAUAUGAUUUAGAAAAUUCAAUAUGAUUUGGCAAAUAGCCAAUCUGGUAUCAAAGUGCAUUCUGAAAUGCAUUUGCCUUAUUAUUCAACCCUUUUGUUGUUAUCCAUUGAUAGAUGAAAUGGUAGCCGUAGCAGUCCAGUGAUGAAAGACAAACUAAACAAUCAUUAAUCACUUUUCACCUGAAGAAGAGACCUUUAAGGUCUUGAAAGCUUGUGAUUAAUUAUUUAGCUAGUCCAGUAAAAGAUAUAUCCAAGGAAUAUAACAUCAGAACAAGGUAGUGCCGUAUUUAUUAAAUGUAAUUUGCUCAUAGUUAAAUUGCAAUACUUUGUAAUUAGAAAUCAAGGUUUAUGUGAGUAAUACAGUUUUGUAAUAUCCACUUUUUUCUUUACUGGUGAUAGUUAUUAAUAUCUUUCCGUGGCAGAGUUCUGUAGGGAUGUGUUAACUCCCCCAUACAUGUUUAAGAUGACUCACUUACAGUAAUUGACUGAAUCUAUCUGUGUCAGCAUCUAGGUGGGACUCAAAAGUCCAAGUGAUUUCAAACCAGACAUGAGAGGUUGGUUGUGGAGAGUGUCAGGUAUGAAAACAAUAAGUGUGUAUAUUUGAGAAUAGUCUUUAGUUUUUGUAUUCCCCUUUCCACCCAGUAUAUUUAAACAGUAACAAAAAACACCCAUUAAAAUGUUCUGUAGCUGAGAUUAAAGUUGAUAAUGAAGAAUGAAAUUUUGUUUGGAUUCAAAUAAAAAGUUAAACUAAACAGGAUGCCACAAAAUAUAAAUGAUACCGAUUUGUUAGUAGCAGUCUUAUAGAACACAAUCUUAUAUUUGCAGCCUAACAUAUUAUAACUGCAUAUUUACAUUUCAUGGUUUACUUUCAGAACAACAGCAAACGUGUUGUAUUUUUAUGUGCUUACCAGCAAAAGAAAUGACACCAGGUGCAGGGCCUCCUUUUAGGUUGAAUUAUGAGCGUUGAAUUCCUUAUUAAUAAAGGCAUGUUUUAUCCGGUUCAGUAUUCCAGUGAGCUCUGUAGUUGGGAGAGGUCAAUGACUGGCUCAGUCGUUUUACUUCAAUCAUGCCACAGUUGGAUCUGUAGAUGUCAGACCCAGAACAGUUGACUACUGCAGUUAGGUAAUAUGUUUAAGCUUUUGGCAAUGCAUAAUGAUUUAAUUGCAACAGGAUACUUCCUGUCCUUAUGCUGCCAUGAAAGACAGGAUUUAUUCUGCAAUGAAACAUAGUCUGCCCUAAUUGCCCAGGAUUAAUAAAGACGGAGACUCAUCACCAACAAACAAUUCCAAAGAUUGAUUGGUUCCAUGAAGCAAUAUUAGAUGGACAAGGUAGACAUGCCUUGCAUUUCAUAGGAAAAUAAAUCUGAUUACAUGGCAAUUUGUUGACAUACAGUAUGUCAUCAUCUAAGGUUGUAUUAGCAGUGCAUUUCUGUGGUUGCUGCAGUAAAUUUAUGUAUGAUUCUAAGCCAAUAAAAGUCAGUACAGAUUCAAAAGUAGUCUUUGCGAUUGUACCCAAAGUUUAUUUUGCACGUAACACAUUAAAGCAUAUUUGGACAUAGUGCAGAAAGUAAAAAGGUGUAUUAAUGUAUUAUUUUAAUUUAAAAAUAUUUUCUUUAUAAAGGAGAUCAUCUAGAUCAGGGGUUCUCAACCGGGGGUCCGCAGCCCCCUUGGGAUCCUCCAAAAAUAAACCAGAGAAUGUGUUAUUUUCCCUGCAUGCUUAUGAUACACUUCAGCCAUCAGCAUCAAAACAACAAAACCCACAGAAUGAUGAUACAGAACUUCCUUCAAUAAGUUCAACUGUAAGUGCUGAAGAACAGUGAGGAGGUGGUGUUGAGUGAAAAACAUAAAACCGUUAUUAACCCAGCAAAAUUAAGAAAAUACGAAGACAGCUACUUGAAUUUCGGCUUUAUUUGUACUGGAAGUGGAGAUAUACCUCAACCGCAGCGUGUAAUUUGUGCAGAAGUACUGUCCAAUGAAUGAUUGAAACCCUCCAAACUACAGAGACAGUUACCAAGCACGAAAUAUAUAAAAACAAGCAACAUUCAUUUUUUGAGUGAAAGGCUAAGGAAUUGCUUGGUGGAAAAGCCGGAAUGAAAUCCACAACUACCGCGGAUAAAAAGCUUGUAGUGUCAGCCUACAUAGUGUGGAAAAUUGCUAAAGCAAAAAAAUCGCAUAUGAUUGCUGAGGAGUUGAUAAUGCCGUGUGCCAUUGAAAUUGUAAAGGAAUGUUUGGAGAGCAGAAGGCCAAGGAACUGGCAAAAAUACCAAUGUCACAUGACACUGUCACAUGACACUGUCAAACGACGGAUCGCUUUUAUGUCAGAAGACAUAAAAGCGAUCCGUCUGCUAAAUAAACAAAUAACAAAGACAUAGUUUCGCAGUGCAUUGAUCGGCUGCAUGUAAUGAUUUUGCUAUACAACUCGAAUCCACAGACAAAUGUCCCAUUUACUCACCUAUGUUCGGUAUGUGUGGAAUAAGGGAAUAAAGGAAGACUUUUUGUUUUGCAAGGAGCUCAAGACAACAACAACGUCUGACGAUAUUUUCAAACUGUUAGAUGAUUUUAUGACUUCAGAAGAAAUCAGCUGGACUAAUUGCAUUGGGGUCUGCACUGCUGGAGCUGCAGCAAUGACCGGAAAGCAUUCUGCUCUUGUGCAAAAAAUAAAGCCGCUGCACCUAUUAUUUGGACACUUUGCUUUUUACACCGAGAAGCACUUGCUGCGAAAGAUACUGAACCAGAUCUUCACAGUGUUCUGAACACAGCGGUAACGCUCGUUAAUUUGAUUAAAUCCAGAGCAACAAGCUCCAGGUGUUUUGCUUCACUUUGUGAGGAAGUGGGUGCAGAGCAACAUUCCUUACUCAUGCAUACAGAGGUGAGAUGGCUAUCUGGAGGCAGAAUGCUUACCCGUAUAUUUAAUCUCAAGGAAGAGUUACGUACUUUAUUAGCUUAUAAGAAACCUGAGUUUGCUGGGGGCUCCCGAGUAGCGCAUCCGGUAAAAGGCACUCCGCGUGGAGCCCUAUAGCCUAGAGGUCACCUGUUGAGUCCAGGCUAUUCCACUGCCGUCCUUGGACAGGAGUUCCCAGGGGACAGCGCACAAUUGGCCGAGCGCCGCCCUGGGGGGGUGUCCUCGGCUCACUGCGCACCAGUGACCCCUGUAGAGUAGCUGUGUGCCUGCGGGCCUGUCUGUAAUUUGCCCAGAGUUGCGUGGUCCUCCGAUGCUGUAGCUCUGAGGUGGCUGCAUGGCGGGCCUGCAGAGUGAAAAGAAGCAGAUGGCUGAUGGCACAUGUUUCAGAGGACGCGUGUGUCCGUCUUCGUCCCUCCUGUGUCAGUGCUGGGGUGGCAGCGGUGAGCCGGGCUCAAAUAAACAAUAAUUGGGCUUACCAAAUUGGGGAGAAAAUAAGAAAAAUAAUUGGAGAUUCCAAAUAAAAAAAAAAAACAAGAAACCGAGCUUGCUUGAAGAAACCGAAGUGCUGAAAGAUGACGUUUGGCUGGCAAAACUGUGUUACCUCACAGAGAUAUUUGGCAAAAAGGUUGAAAACCCCUCAUCUAGAUCAUUAGUUGUAUUUUCUCUUGUGUAAUAAAGAUAUAAGAUGUAAUAGAGAUAUAUUCAUUUGGUUCUGUAAUUCUUCUGGUGAGUAUAUAUGUUUAAUGUUGUUGCUUUGAGAAGAUAAAAAGUGUUGUUUAAAAAAUAUACAGGUAUAUAAAUAUAUAUAUAUACAUUGGUAUAUUCUUCAGUAUUCCGACAGUACAUUGACAAUUUCAUUUUUUGUGUACAUUUUCUGGUUGAUUGUUUGGACAAUCCAUCAGACAGUGUUUUUUUUUUUUUUUUUUUUUUUUUAAAGAGUGUUUUGUAAAGUUUUAAAUAAAAUUUAAAAAAAUAAUUAUGUGCAUUUGUAAUAAUUAUCAGCAAUGUAUAAAUACAGCUAUAUGAAUUAGCUGAAUCUAUGUCCCCCUCCAAAUUAGCAGAUAUUGUUCCAUCUCCCAAUAAAAAUCCUUUGGCUCAUAAUUAUUUUAGCAGUCUGCCAGCCUUUCCCUCUGCAAGGUAAAAUGAACAACCUUGUCUUGCUUUCAAAUGUGGUACAGUGAUAAGAAAAAGUACAGGGCAUGUAUGCUUGUGUGCUAGAUUCUGUUGUUCAGAGAUAAUUGGCCCCUAUUGAUUUUUUUUUUUUUUUUGUGAGAAAUCUGAGAAAGGCUAUUCAAGCUGCGUCUGUUUUUGUUUUACUUUACUUUGUUUGUCUUGUAGGCUAGAAUGAAAAAAAAAAAAGAUUUGGGCACGUUACUUUCUAAAAAAUAUUUUCUGUUCUGUAGAAGUGAGUUAUCUAUUAAGAGGAAAGGCUGUUUUAAUAGUCCUCCAAUACAUUCAGAACACAGUGCUCCAAUACUCUAUUUUAGCACUUCAUUGAAUGAAAAAAGCCCUCACAAGAUUUUGCUUGACUAUCAUUGUUUUUUCUUUCUUUUAAAGAACAUGUGCGCAAUAUUAUUCUUGUGUAAAAAAAAUAAUCUUACAAAAUUGAUCGUUUGUGUUACAAUGCAACGUACAGCACUACAGUACUAGUUAUAUUGUGAUUUUUUUUUUUUACUCAAUCCUGUGCCUUUCUUUUUCACUGUUCCGUUAUGUAAAUGAAGAGGUUAAUAAGCAAACUGAAUAGACAACAUAAUAUUGUGUCAAGAUAAUCCAUGCUGUUUCUACUAAGAAACCCCACUUUUUUGGCCCCAAUCAUAUUUUUUCUGCUGUCCUGUUCUUGGUCAGACCAGUGAAUGUGCAUUUUAUUUAAUUUGUGGUUACAUACCAAUAUAAAGCACCAAGAUACAAGUAGAAGUUAUGAAGUGCCUUCCCAAGCAGAGCUGCAGUACCACCAAAAUAAAAUAGAAAAGUACUUCAUGUAACAUCUCCAAAACAGUGUGAAAUAUAUUGUAGAAAUAAAAAAUAAAAAAAUGAUAUCAAAACCAGGGUUCCUCCUUCACUCCGUCAGGUGGAAACUAGUGUUACAAAAUAGGAGGCGCUUUUUUACACAGAGAAUUGUGAGGGUCUGGAACCAACUCCCCAGUAAUGCUGUUGAAGCUGACACCCUGGGAUCCUUCAAGAAGCUGCUUGAGAUUCUGGGAUCAAUAAGCUACUAACAACCAAACGAGCAAGAUGGGCCGAAUGGCCUCGUCUCGUUUGUAAACUUUCUUAUGUUCUAAGUAUAAAGACCUGCAGUUAAGGAGUCAAUGGUAACACCUCCUUCAUUGCACUUGAAGACAGGUUUUUUAUUGGACAAGUAUUGCAGACUCUCGAGACUUAAGCCAAGAGUCAUUUCUAGUGUAUCCAAAUUGUAGUUUCCCCAAUGGAAACAUGCAGUCUCCUGGAACAACAUAGGUUAUUGAGAAUGAUUUAUGGGUGUCAAGAUACACAUCUGAUGCUGUAUUCACUUCUAAUGAAUUAUGUUUGACGCAAUAUAUUAUAUGCCUCUAUAUAGUUUAUCUGUUCUUUUGCUUGUGAUGGAAAAUCUCUUCCUGAAAACACCAUGGUUUUCUUGAUUCAGUUAUUAGUCAUACUUGAACAUUGGUUUUAUUUAGGAAGAACCUCAAGUAUAAGAGUUGGCCUUUAUUUCAGAAUAGUAUGUUCAGUAUCAGGCUGAUCCAGAAGAAAUCAUAAUUUUUUUACUUGAAAUGUAUCUAUCUUCUUCUCACUGUCAUAUACAUGAAAGCCAACAAUUCACACCAUUAUGGUAGUUUUACUAAAUGUUUCUUAAUGAACUAAAAUGUAUUGAUGUAAAGCAGAUUUCAGUCAAUGUUUUUAAACAAUGGUUAUUAUUACAGUAAUGUGGUGUGAGAGCAUUCAGUCUAGAUGCACUUGACUCCUUAAUAAUAAUUACCAAAUUAUUAUUAUUUGUUUAUUUAGCAGAUGCCUUUAUCCAAGGUGACUUACAGAGACUAGGGCAUGUGAACUAUGCAUCAGCUGCAGAGUCACUUACAGCUACGUCUCACCCGAAAGACGGAGCACAAGGAGGUUAAGUGACUGGGCUUGUAACUGGGCUUGUAACCUCCUGGUUAAAAGCCCUUUUCUUUAACCACUGGACCACACAGCCUCCUACCACAAAUCAUACAGUAAUGAUAAAGAAUUUUUUAUUUUUUUCCAGAGUAAAAAAACAAGACUACAGUGCUCCCUCGAUAUACAGCCUUUUAUACCAAAACAGUUUAUAAGGUCAUGGCUCCUGUUUUCUCUAUAAUGCCAUUAAACUAGUACUUGAGUUCUAUAGGCACAAAUAGCAUAGUCUCUUAGUGUAUGGCUUACAAUUAAACUUUCAUAUGAAUAAAUGAAGGGAUGAAAAUGUAAUCAUUAACCUGGAGGUUCUAAGUUCAAUCCCAGCCACUGACUCAUUGUGUGACCCUGAACAAGUCACUUAACCUCCUUGUGCUCCGUCCUUCGGAUGAGACGUAAAACCUGGGUCCUGAGGUCCUGUUUUAAGUGACUCUGCAGCAGCAGUUGUGAUGCAUAGUUCACACCAAAGUCUUUGUAAGUCGUUUUGAAUAAAAGUGUCUGCUAAAUGACUGAAUAAUAAUAAUAAUAGAAGUGCAUGGCGAAGUGAGGAGUGUUUGCACAUCAUCUAGUUGAUAAAUAAGCCUACCACAUUAAAACUAUUGUGGUAAAAGGUAUAUACAAUCCUUUAUAUACCUAAUAUAAACAUAAUGGUUACCCAUAAUAUAAAUACAUAGGUAAACCAUAAGAUUUUUUAUACAAACAAUUUUUUGUGAAACACCUUUGUUCUACUCUCUAUUGAUACAAAAUUAUCAGAAUUUAUGAUGAGUGAGUGUAUGAAGUUAUAGGUGAGGUAUAAAUUUAGUGGGACCUUUCUGAUUUUACUAAAUUGUUACACCUUCCCAUACCAUCCACUACUUUUUUUUCGUUUGUUUGCUUUUAUUAAUUCAUGCUUGUUUAUUGUUAUGGAAAUCAGUUUGAUCACAGAAACCGGCAGUACUUUGAAGUAAAAGAUGUUGGCUUAAAACCAAUUAUUAUUUGUGUGUAACCUUGUCCUGUUAUACUAUUUUCACCAACAGCAAUUGUUUUAUGUAAUGUCUGUCUGGCACUGUUUUUUUCUUACUUAAUCUUUUCAAUUGAAUGCAUUGUUUAUAUAGAUUAACUUUUAAUUAGGUUUAAUUCAGUUAGGUUAAUGUGUUUGUUUAAUUGUGUUUUGUUUAAUUUAAUUUAUUUUUGGUACAAUUAGAUAUUGAAAUAAAUUAUUGAAUGUAUGAAUUCUUGUUUGAUUUAUUAAAAAUACAAUGGGCUGGGUUUGCUUUUUUUUUGCUCUAAAUUGUAAUUAGCACACUUUUAAUGU